GAAAAAUUUCUGCGAAUUUUACUUGCUCUAGGUGUGGAAAAAAGCAUUUWUAAACCUAUUGAAAACUAGAAAAUGUCUGAAGAAGAUUGGGCGGCUGCUGCAGAYGAGCAGGAAARGCGUUUGACUGGGCAGGUUGAUAAGCUUGUUAUCAGUAAUUCAGGRCCCAGAACAGUUCUAGAAGAAAAGCCCAAAUCAGAUGAUUCAGGGUGGGAGGAAAACUCCCCUGYUAUUAACUCCAAGGAUACAGAUACAGGCUCAGAUCAACUAGCUGAAUCAUCAUUGAUAACUAAAUUACUAAGAAAUAAGUUAGUUACAACGAAACAUGAAGUAGAAGUUAUGAGAAGUGAUCCAAACUCGCCGCUGUAUUCAGUGAAAUCAUUCGAAGAGCUACCACUCUCUGCUGAUCUCAAGAAAGGUGUAUAUGAAAUGGGUUUCAAUAAGCCAUCAAAGAUCCAGGAGACCGCUCUACCCUUACUACUGGCCGAUCCACCAAAUAACAUGAUAGCACAGUCACAGUCAGGGACAGGCAAAACAGCUGCAUUUGUGUUGACCAUGUUAAGUAGGGUUGAUGCUACCAAAGACUACCCACAGGUGUUAUGCUUGUCUCCAACGUUUGAGUUAGCCAUGCAAACUGGCAAAGUUGCUGAACAAAUGGGAAAGCAUUGUCCACAUAUAAGAAUUACAUAUGCUGUUAGAGGGCAUCAGUUGAUGAGAGGACAGAGGUGCACAGAUCAUAUUAUCAUYGGUACACCAGGAACUUUACUAGACUGGAUAAGAAAAUUAAGAGCCUUUGACCCSAAAAAGAUCAACGUAUUUGUCCUUGAUGAAGCUGAUAUAAUGAUUGCAAUGCAAGGACAUCAAGACCAGUCCAUCAGAGUGCAAAAAACAUUACCUAAACAAUGCCAGACUUUACUMUUCUCAGCAACGUACGAUGACGAAGUGAUGGCCUUUGCUAAGUCAGUAGUUUCAAACCCCAUAGAAAUACGAUUACGACGAGAAGAGGAGAGCUUAGACAACAUCAAACAGUACUAYGUGAUGUGCAAGAAUGCUAAUGACAAGUUCGAAGCCAUUUGUAAUCUAUAUGGUGUUCUAAGUAUUGGCCAGUGUAUCGUAUUCUGCAUGACAAGAAGGAGUGCUUCAUGGCUAGCUGAGAAAAUGGUGAAAUGUGGUCACCCUGUGGCAAUGCUAAGUGGUGAAAUCACAAUAGAACAGAGACUUGCUGUUAUCAACAGAUUCCGAGAAGGAAAGGAGAAGUUACUCAUCACCACAAAUGUCUCUGCCCGAGGUAUUGACAUYGAACAGGUCACCCUUGUUGUCAACUACGACAUGCCCAUAGAUCCCCAAGGAAGACCUGAUUUUGAAACCUAUCUACACCGAAUUGGYCGCACGGGACGCUUUGGAAAGUCAGGCGUUGCUGUGAAUUUUAUCGAUGGAGAAAGAUCGUUGAAUGUUAUGAAAAAGAUUGAAGAACACUUUGGSCGUAAGAUUCAUCAUUUAGAUGCUGAUGAUGUAGACGAAUUGGAGAAGAUUAACUGACUUUGUUUCAUGUAGAUUCUUUACUCAAAAAMGACAAUGUUGUCUCAUGAUACMRCUACCAAAAUGCUUUGCACAUUUGUUUAUCGUUUCCCAUUGCUUUGAAAUAAUGGAGUGGUUUGAAUAAACCCAAGAACAGAAUUUUUUUAUGUACUAAGGUGAAGUGAAAAAAGAAAAAAAUGAAAUAGAUAUUACACUUAUACACCUUGGAGUAUUUUGGUAGUUGUUUAUUGUUUAUGUAGUCAAAUUUGUCCAAAUUUCUUAUUUUCACCAAACAAGCAAAUCCAGAGAAUGUACAUUUACUAGACUAAAAUAUUGUAUGAACUACAUGUAAUGAAAAAAACGUUUUACAAAGAUUAAUUUGUACAGCACAUGUAUUACAGAUUUUCAGUCAAUAUAUCUUGGCACCCAUGUUGGUAUAUGACCACACUAGAUCAUGUAAAUUAUAGAGUGAAGUCAAAAAACAGCAACAGUGAAAUAGAAGUUACAAUAAUACACCCCAGUACRCUCCAAUUGCAUUGUUUUUUUGUGUCUAUGUGACUAUCAAGCUUCAAAAGUCAAAAUUUUGUUUCACAGGUUUGAUGACUUAACUCUACUCUAUAUAUGGCACAAAGAUAAACAAAUAAGAUAAAACUUAAUACUAAGUUAUUACACCAAUGAAGUGGAAUGAUACUAGUAUCUGGCACAUACACUGUACCACCAAUAUGGCUGCCAUUUUUAACUAAACUUCUAGUAUGUACAGAACAUUCAAGCACUUUCAAUUAAUAAUUUUCUUUGGGGGGUAAAUUCAUAUUAUCAUAAAAGUAUUUCAAAUGUUCUAAAAUUGAUGUAUAUUUAGUUGUGAUUUUUAAGAAUAGUUUUUUUUUAAAGAGAAAUCAACUUUGUUACAGUUAAGAUUAUCAUUAAAUCAAGCAAGUAAUAACACAAUACGUUUUGUAAGUUUAUUAAUACUAGAGAUAUUAUGCUUGGAUGGGACUUAAGUUCUAUUUAAACAACAUAGUAGUUGAAUCAAAGCCAUUAUACUGUAA